CUGUUUUCACUCAAUUCGGCAUUCAGGCUCGAAAUAUUCCUCUUUAUUCAGAUUCAUGCGUUUUAAUCGAUAAAUGAUUUCGUCACUAAGAAUUUUAAAUUGAUUUGUAUCGUGACAACUAUUUGAAUUGACAGAAAAGAUGAGCAGCAUUGCAACUAAAAUCAUUCGUAAUUACGACUUGAUCACAGCAGCAUCAUUCUUCUUGAAUAAUAAACAUAUUAUUCCCUUAACAUCAUCCUGUUUAUUGUUUAAACAUUCGAAUUUUUUCAACAAUAAUCAAACGAGAAAAAUGUCUAGUGACAGUGAUUGGAAAUCAAAAGAAUCAAUCUAUGAAUUUUCUGCUAAAGACAUCGAUGGUAAUGAUGUAUCGAUGGAAAAAUAUCGAGGUCAUCCAUUGUUGGUCGUUAAUGUGGCCACACAUUGUGGAUUAACUAAAGCAAAUUACAAACAAUUGAAUGAAUUGUAUGAUCAAUUUGAAGAGAAAGGUCUUCGAAUCGCUGCAUUUCCAUGCAAUCAAUUCGCUGGACAAGAACCUGGCUGUGAUGUGGAGAUCAAAGAGUUCAUCAAAAAGAAUGGUGUUCGAUUCGAUAUGUAUGCAAAGGUUGAUGUCAAUGGCGAUUCGGCUCACCCAAUGUACAAAUGGUUGAAAGCUAAACAACAUGGAUUUCUUGGAUUUGAUGGCAUCAAAUGGAAUUUCACUAAAUUUUUGAUCAAUAAAGAAGGUCAAGCCAUAAAGCAUUCAAAAACGAAUAAUCAAAAAGAUUUGAAAAUGAUUAUCGAUUGUGAUGUUUCGAUUAGUCAUCCUCAUUCCACUCCAAAUCGUUAUUCUCAAGCAAAAAUUGGUAUCGGUUUCAAUAAAAAAGAUCAUUGUUAUUAUUUGGUCAUUGUACGUAACAAACAAAAUGAUCGAUUUCGUUUGAAUGCAUCAAAUUUUGUCAUUCGUGCUGAAACAUUUAUUAUCACGAAUCCAAAAAAGAUGAUCAUGUUGAAAAAUAUCGAUUAUUUAGCUUUUGAUAUGUUCAAAAGAUUAGCCGAAAAAAUACGUACAAAUUAUCAACCAUUGCCAGCAGUACCAUCGGUGGAAACUAUUUUGCAAUGCAAGUUAAUGCCGCGAUGUGCAGUGAUCAAUAAUGCUAAUCAGAUAAAAAAAUUAGACAAUCCUAUUUUAGUCAAUGUUAAAAUAGAACAUGUUGAAACUCUGAGAUUGCAUCAUAUCGAUAAGUUAUGGUCGCUUAAAAAAUUAUCAGAACUCACCAUAACCGGCUGUAAUCUGAUCAAAAUACCUUUCGCCUUGAAUCGAUUAAAGCAUUUAGCUCAUUUAAAUUUGAGUAAUAAUCAAAUCGAAGAAAUUCCCAUGUGGUUUACACAAGAAAUGCGGCAAUUGAAAACAAUCAAUUUGAGCCAUAAUCGUUUACGAUUAAUACCGUAUGAAAUUAUUGGAUUGAAAAAGUGUCAUAUUCUCGAUUUUCAUCAUAAUCUAAUUGAACAUUUUCCUUCAUCCUUACUAUAUCAAAUAAUUCGUUUUCCUUUUCAAUAUUCUAAAAUUGAUUUCUCCCAUAAUUUUAUGCGUGCUUUUCCCUUUGCAAAUUAUCAGAAUUUCACUGAAAGUGAAUCACAAUGUAUAUUCAAGAUCGAUUCCAAUCCAUGGAAAGAACAAGAAAAUUAUUCAUUUGAAAGAUAUCCUUUCGACACAAAAACUUUAUAUGAAAAAUGUUUAGAAAUCGUCUUUAUGAAUUUGAAAUUGAAAGAAAAACUGUUUGAUCAUCGACAAACGCCUAAACAAAUUUAUGAUCAUCUGCAAAGAGUUCUAUUUAUUUGUAAUCAAUGUGGACGAUUGAAACUUCGAAUGGGCAUUAUAAUGGCUGAAUUAAGCAAUAAUGUUUUCGUGUUUGCCAAUAGAAUUUUGAACGAAAAUAUUCCUAGAUAUCGAAUCAUUUGUCAUGAUUGUUUCAUUUGAAUUUUUUAAAGACUU